CACGCAGAUCGAACACACAUUCAUCUUCACAUUCGCAACCGCAAUCGCCGGCGAUCCCGAUGCGGCCCUCCGUCAGAUCCUCCGCCGUUGCAGCACUCUACUUCACUGUGCUCCUCUUUGCAUCGCCAGUGUUCGGUUCUGAUUAUGAUCACAAGGUAGGGCAAGGUGUUAUUUGUUUCUGUGUCUGAUUUGGGGAAUUUGAUGUGUGAUCUUGGCAAUGGUGAAGAAAAUGCUAAGUGAUUCGGUACUGGAUCGGACUAUGUUGCUAGAGUCUGGCUUCUGGUAUAGUUUUUUAAUCUUUAGAAGAUCUGAUCUUUGAUAUCAUCUGAGUUUUUUUUAACAUGGAUGUCUUUCUUGGGUGUUAUAGUAUAAUAAGUUCAAUGUAAAUUCUUAUACUUUGAUAUCAUCAUACAUUAAUAAUUCAAAAGUAUGUAACUUGGUAUAUAUGUAUGCGUAAAUUCUUAUACUUUGAUAUCAAAAGAUUACAAAUGUGUUCAUGUUGAAUUGAGUCGGUUUAGAAACUUGGGUGAUGCCGCCGCAACGCGCGGCAUAUGACACCAAUUUAGUGUAUUUCAAAAACAAAGAGAAAUUAUAUCGGGUAAUCUAGUCAGGUAAACAUGUAUAUCACCAAAUCUCAAACCCGUCCUUAAACUGCGGAAAAAAACUGAUCGCAAACUCAGUCUCAUAUCCGAUUACUCAACCUCUAACCCAUCCCGAAUAUAUUGGGUUUUAGGUUUUUCUAUCGAGGUCGAGUUUCAUUGUCAUCCAGGCAUCAAUAUCAUAGACAUGGCAUAAAUAUAUCAAUACAGGGGUAAGAUAAAAAAAAGUUUAUUUUGGCUAAAUAGAAUUAGAAGUAAUCUUAACCAUUCAUUUUUUAAAAUCAAUGGUUAAGAUGAAAGUGUAGGAGAAAGGAUGAGUGCAAGGGUAACUUGGGAAAAUCCUAUUUAUAGACUUUCUCUCUCCACAUGCAAGGCCCAUGCAUAUUCCACCCUCAUUUUUUAAACGUCCAUAACUUUUUUAUACGACAUUAUUUUUUUCAUAAAAAUUUCACUGUAAAAUCGAGCGUCUUUUUAUAUUUAAUUUGAGUACCAUAUUGCUAUAUAAAAUAUGAAGACCUAAAAAACCCAUUAAAAUGGGUUGUAGUUCUAUGUUGUAUAACAUUUUUUUGUGCUGUAUUUUUGUACUAUAUUUUUGUGCUAAUUUUUUUAUGCUGAUUUUUUUUUUCUUAAUUUUUUUCUCAAUUUUUUGUGCUGGAUUUUUUGUACUACAUUUUUUUGCUGAAUUUUUUCGUGCUAUAUUUUUUUUGUUAUAAAUUUUUUUGGGCUAUAUUUUUUUGUGCAACAUUUUUUAUGCCUAUAUUUUUUGUACUAUAUUUUUCAUUUUAGAUUUUUUGUACUAGAUUUUUUUAUUGUAUUUUUAAGAAACAAAAUCGGUGCCACAUGGUAUUUUCACUUCUAUUUAUAAGGACCAAUAUGCCCUUUAUUACUACUUAUUAGGAGUGUCACAUGUCAUUAUCACAAUUCUUCUUAGGCUACUUAGGCAAAAUCCACUUUUUAGUUGAUCCUUCCCUGAAUUAUGUAUGGUUAUGAAUUUAAAAUUUUAUCAUUCCCUUUGACCCGUAUAACGUAUCCCCUUUUAAGUUGUUUAUGAGAGGUUAAAUCUUGUCCAUUCACUCUCCUUAAUCAAGGGCUUGAUAUUAUUGAUAUUUGUAAUGUUGUUGAUGAAUAUAAUAAAAUAAACAUACGCCAAUAAAGGUUAAGCUUCUUAAUAUAUUGUCGAUCUUAGUAACCAUGCAUGAAUACAAGCUUGAAAUGGUUUUGGAGGUUUUGUGGCAGUGGAUUGUGUUUUUUUAUAAUAUAAUGGAGGUGAUGGUUGAAAAGGGUGAGUGUGGUUGAUUGAAGUGGGUGGGUGCUAUUUUUGUGUUUGUGUUUUAAAAUAAAAGGUUUAAAUAAAUAAAUAAAACGUUGGAUCAAACUUGUAACAUGGCCUCUUCAAGAAUGAUUCGUGCAAUUUAUAUAUUAAAUUCUAAGGCUAGACGGUAUGGUUGAGGAUCAUCUUUGGAGGAUGACCCGUCACGUAAGCGUCACGUAGAAUGGGUGUGAGUAUGUGGCAAAGGAGAUGAAACUAAGAAAAUGAAGGGAUGGGCCUAAAAUAUAUACAUAUGAGUUGUAUGUAUAUGUGUGUGUGAGAAGAAGGAGGUGGGGGUUGUCAUGUAGCGAACGCCCCCAACGUCCACACCCCGACGUUUGAGACGACGACGCCCCGGGCAGGACGGUGUACAGGGUGGCGACGGGCUGGGGACGGUCCUCAUACCGUCUAGCCUAAUGGGAAGACCUUAAUAGUUGGGAACUAAAGAAACUACAUUAAGCUUUUAAUUGUGGAAGAUUGUAGGGUGUGAUUGAUUAACCAAGAGAUAUACAAGAAGAUAUCAACUAUAUGAUCAAGGGCUAGCUAGUUCCUUAACCUUUGGUUACUAAUUAUGUAAUGGUCCUCCUUGCAAGGAACCAAAUGGGUCCUAUCACGUCCUUUGUAUAUGGAGAAUACUUAAAGUUUGCUUCAAAAGUUGCAACAAAUAAAAUAGAAUAAACUGAAUUCCGUUUGUAAAAGGCAACAAAGUUGCAUGACACAAGUUCUUGUCCCAUCCAACACGCAACAAGCAUGCUGAAUGCAUAGUUGAACGACAUUCAUUCAGAAACAUAUCCAAAUUCCUAAAUAUUAACCUUAAUUAAGCUCAACAUCAACUGUGUGACUUCAAAAUCAACUCUACACGCAUUUUUGUUAUUCAAGUAUAGCUACAUUUUUUUUCUAUUCACAUUUCUGUCGAGAUUAAAUCAAUAAUGACAUCCUUGUUUAAAGAUGAUCAAUCUUGUGAACCAUCAAGAGAUGUAUCCACUAGCAACCGAUCAAACUUUGAUCAAGAAACCGGUUCCUCAAAUACAUUACAAACAGGUCAGCUUGAAGACGACAAAGAACAAAGUUCCCGGUUCAUAUGCUUUCCCAUGGAUAAAACCCUUGUUAGAAUUGUUGUAGCAGAAAUGUUGGGGAGUUUUAUAGUUAUGUUUAGCAUAGUUGGGAUAGUAGCAAGCACGGAACUGAUGAGAGGUGUAGGAUUACUUGAGUACGCGGUCACAGCCGGAUUAGCAGUGAUCGUGGUUGUUUUCUCUAUCGGCCACAUUUCUGGUGCUCAUGUUAACCCUGCAUUUACCAUAGCUUUUGCUACCGUUGGUCCAUUUCCAUGGAGAAGGGUUCCAAUGUAUAUAGUGGCUCAAGUGGCUGGCUGCACGAUUGCGACAUAUGCAGGAAUGAUGGUGUACGGCAUGAAAUCGGAGGUUCUGAUGACUAGACCACUUGUUGGACACAGUUCAGCAUUCUGGGCUGAGUUCAUGGCAUCCUUUUUUGUUCUGUUUCUCACUGCUUCGUUGGUUCAUGCACCUCCAACUGUUACCCAAUUUUCAGGAUUUAUCGUAGCAAUUGGCAUUGCACUUGGAGUUCUAAUCACGGGGCCGAUUUCAGGAGGAUCAAUGAAUCCGGCAAGGUCGUUGGGACCUGCCAUCGUGUCGUAUAACUAUCAAAGUUUGUGGAUAUAUCUCACUGCUCCAACACUUGGCGCCAUCUGUGGUGCAUUCAUGCUUCGUAUGUUGAAGCCUUGUGGCUCUCUAACUUCAUCUUCCUCUUCCACUUCACAACGCUCACAGUUCCUUCAAAUCGAUUAGUUAUAAUUUUAUAACUCUACAUACGCUUAAUAGCUUGUAAUCUUGUUGUUUUUUCAUUAACAAUAUGGUUCACCACAAAGUUAGUUUAACUUAAAACCAUAUGUUAUUUAUAUCUCA